AUGCUGCUGCAGAGUGAGACUCAGAACUCAGAAACAGAGAGAAGGAGCAGGAGGCAGCCAAGGCAAAAAGCGAUCGAGAGAAAACUAGACAUCUCAUUAAAAACGAACCAAGGAAAUACCAUUCCCAAACUCGAUCACCUCGACAACAGCAAUCUCCCAGUACGACUAGUACAGUAUAUCUGGUGACGUUAAACCAUUCUGAAGAUUUUAGUAACUAUUGGAAUGAAUCGACUGAGUAACCGAAUCCCGUUGUCUACCGGUGUUCCUCAAAAAAUAUAAACGCAUGGGCAGUUAUUUAUUUUUAGAUAGACACUUAUUUGAGGAACUGUUUUAGCUCUUAAAGAUGUAUUUACUGUGAAUCAUAAAGGAAGUGUCAGAAGAAGAAAGAAAUCUAAUUUCUCAAGAGAAAACCCACGGACGUAGUUGCUGGAUACCGCAGUGGUGGAAAGAAGAAGCCAAAAUCGAGUGAAAAGAUUUACAGUGAAUUGAAAAGGGCGCAGGAAUUUACCCCUAAAUGGAUAUAAAAAUGCCAUUAAUUGGAAUUUUACUUAUAUGCUUUUUGACUUCAGCAGUUUCUGGACAAGAAGAGACGUCAUGUGGCGGUCGUUUGAAUGCAAAGGAUGCUGGGUACAUCACAUCUCCAGGAUACCCCCACGAAUACCCCCCUCACCAGCGCUGCGAGUGGGUCAUUACUGCUCCCGAACUGACGCAAAGGAUUGUCCUCAACUUUAACCCUCACUUUGAACUUGAAAAACUCGACUGCAGGUACGACUACAUUGAAAUCCGAGAUGGUGAAAAUGAAUCCGCAGACUUGCUGGGGAAACACUGCAACAACAUAGCCCCCCCUGCCAUCAUUUCCUCUGGACCAGUGCUCUACAUUAAAUUUGCCUCUGACUACGCCCACCAGGGGGCAGGCUUCUCCUUGCGCUACGAGAUCUAUAAAACAGGUUCGGACUACUGCUCAAGAAACUUCACCAGUCUCAGUGGCGUGAUUGAAUCUCCCCAAUAUCCUGACAAAUACCCCCACAACCUGGACUGCAUCUUUAUUAUCACAGUCCCACCCAGGAUGGAAGUCACCUUGACAUUCUUGACCUUCGACCUUGAGAAUGACCCCUUGCUUUCUGGAGAAGGAGACUGUAAAUAUGACUGGCUGGAGGUCUGGGAUGGACUCCCCCAGAUUGGACCCCUGAUUGGACGGUAUUGCGGGACCAAAGUGCCUCCAGAAAUCCAAUCGUCUACUGGCAUUGUGUCGCUCUCCUUCCACACCGACAUGGCGGUCGCAAAGGAUGGCUUCUCUGCACAGUACACCAUGACACCUAAGGAGGCCACUGAAACUUUCCACUGUAGCAGUGCUUUUGGCAUGGAGUCUGGAAAAAUUACUGAUGAGCAGAUCAGCGCCUCCAGUUCUUUUUACGACGGCCGCUGGUCACCACGACAAGGCAGGCUGAACAACCAUGACAAUGGCUGGACCCCCAGUGAGGACAGCAACAAGGAAUACAUUCAGGUGGACCUGCUCUUCUUGAAAGUGCUAACAGGUAUUGCUACCCAGGGAGCCAUCUCCAAGGAGACCAACAAGAGUUACCACAUCACCACUUUCAAGCUGGAAGUCAGCACCAACGGAGAGGACUGGAUGAUGUAUCGCCACGGCAAGAAUCACAAGGUGUUCCAUGGGAAUACUGACCCUGCAGAGGUGGUUCUCAACAGGAUCCCACAGCCAGUUUUGACUCGUUACGUCAGAAUCAGACCCCAGGCCUGGCAAAAUGGGAUCGCCCUUCGAUUUGAACUAUAUGGCUGCCAAAACACAGACAUUCCCUGCACUGAAAUGCAAGGCAUGCUUUCCGGCCUCAUUCCUGACUCCCAGAUUACUGCCUCCUCGACUCGGGACAUCCACUGGUCUUCGGGAGCCGCCCGUCUUGUGGCUAGCCGCUCUGGGUGGUUCCCUAGACUUCCACAGCCCAUUGCGGGGGAGGAGUGGCUGCAGGCAGACCUGGGGGUCCCCAAGACUGUGACUGGGGUCAUCAUCCAGGGGGCUCGCGGAGGGUCUGUCAGCGAGGGCAGCACCACAGUGGAGAACCGCGCCUUCGUCAGGAAGUUCCGCGUGGGUCACAGCAUGAACGGCAAGGACUGGCACUUCAUCAUGGACCAGAGGACCAUGCAGCCUAAGAUGUUUGAAGGGAACACACAUUACGACACCCCGGAGAUCCGUCGAUUCAGCCCGGUGCCGGCUCAGUAUGUCCGCGUGUAUCCAGAGAGGUGGUCCCCUGCUGGAAUCGGAAUGAGGCUGGAAGUGCUGGGCUGUGAUCUGUUGGAAACCACCUCCUCUGCUGAAACCCUGACUCCCACCAUGCGAAAUGAAGACAUCACGACAGAGCCUCCGUGUCACAGUGACCCCUCAGGCUGCAUCACACAAGUUCUGCAAACAGCCCCGGAAUUUACUGACUCCACUUACAGCUUCAGCUGCAAGUUUGGCAGCAUUGAGACAAACGACCUCUGCGGCUGGUCUCAUGACCCUUCAUCUGACUUCAAUUGGGCCUUUCACCCACGCGGGACUGGUGGAACUCUGGGCUCUGGGCCCAGCCAGGACCACCUCUUGGGUUCAAAUGAAAAUGGCAACUAUUUGUAUGUGGAAGCUAGCCAGAAGACGGAAGGGCUUCGUGCUAAGUUGCUCAGCCCCCCAGUUUCUGCUUUGGGGGGGCAGCUCUGCAUGGUGUUCUGGUACCACAUGCGGGGGGCCAACGUUGGGAGUCUUCGCGUGCUGAUGAGUGAAACUGACCAACAAGAGGCUACUCUGUGGUCUGUGAGGGGCGACCAGGGCAGUGUGUGGAAGGAAGGAAGAACCGUACUGCCAGAGUCCCCCAAGGAAUACCGGAUUGUGAUGGAGGCAGAUAUAGACCAUGGAUUCAAAGGAGAUAUUGCAAUUGAUAAUAUUCACAUAUCAACCAGCAUCCCAGUCAAUGAAUGCACUCAACCCUUCACAGCAUUUCACCCUGAAACCAUAGGGGGCACCCUUCCUGGAGGGAGCGAACCCACAGUAGACUCGGUGUCAGUGCAACCCAUCCCAACCUACUGGUAUUACGUAAUGGCCGGGGGAGGUGCCCUCUUGGUGAUGGUGCCCCUCGUGUUGGUGAUGGUUCUCUACUGCCACCGGUACCGCUAUGCGGCCAAGAAGAGCCAGCACUCCAUCGCCUACAAAAACAGCCCGUAUCCCAGCAGCGCCGUAACCGGCGUGGAGCCCACCCUGACUAUAAAACUAGAAAAGGAGGACCACAGCCCCCAGUGCUGAGAAGGGACUCUAACGCACGCGCUUAGAAAAAACAAAAACACAAAACAAAACAAAAAAAAGUGACUGUCAUGUUGCCUAAAAUUACACUUUUUAUACCAUUUGUUGAUGGAAAAAAAUUGCUGCCUUUUUUUUCUAUUGGAUGCUGCAUCUGGGAAUCAAAAAUAAAUAGGAAUGACAAAUAGACUACAAUCCAAUUAUAGAUCACGGCGAGGAGGGUGUCUGUCUGAGAGAAUGCUUCAGACAUGGUUGAGGUGGGCUUAGUUUUGGCACAAAUCCUGCUUACAAUUCUUUCAGGAUCCUAAAUAUCACGAUAUAUCAUUAAAAUAUGAGCUUGCUUUGAUUGUAUCCAAAUACUGAAUGCUCAGAACAAAUAGUAAGGGCAGGGAAGUGAAAUUCCACUUCUGGUCCAAGGCUGUUAUUUUGCAUCACAUGAAAGAAUUCAGUUUCUAAAAUGGUACCCAUGUGAUCCUUUCACCUCAGUAAGAACUCCACAACCUCGUGGUGGGUAUACAGUGCUCAGUGAUGCAGCAGACAGACAGAAAGAGAGGCAUUCCAAGCUUAGCACAGAGCUUUAUUUCAGUUAAAAAAUAAAUAAAUAAAUUUCAGCUGGACUCCAACAAUAGCAUACAUUAUUCAUUCGUCAAGUUCUGGAAUGGCAGAGGUUUCUGUGAUUUGGAAUUAGCUUUGUAUCAACCUGCUCUGCUUUUAAAAACUGAUUAACUUCUUGCUAAAACCUUCUCCAAGAACUAUCAGGAGGAUGCGACUUCCUGUUCAUCUACACUGAACAGUACAAUACAGUAAUUGCUGGCAGACAAUAUUAAAGGAACAUAUUCAUGCUAAGACCAAGGGAUAAAUGGUUUCUGCUGUCCAGCGGAAAGUAAAAAAAAAAAAAAAAGUAUAAAUCUUAUUGUAUUUGCUCACUUGUGACAUGAAACGUUGCGUUCAUCAUAUGCAAAGGGCUUCUAGUUGCCUUACGUAGCCUUGUUUGUUAGAAGCCUGUGAUGCUGUUAACUUUACAUGAAAAAAAACUGGCCUUAAAACUUUGGGGUGCUGUCUAAGUCUGGCCUUUUUUCUUUUUUUUCUUUUUGUUUAAUGAAAAAGUGCAGUCGAGUGAUGCUGAGUGUGUCUACUAGAUUAGCUGGAGAGGAUUUGCUUACAAGUGGCAAUUCCCAAGGCACUUAACUGCUUUGGAUGUGGCACUGAAUAAGUUAGGCUGCCUUAGCAACAAGAUUGCAAUGCUUUUUUGGCUUACUAAAUUUAUCAUGAGCAGUUACUCCUUUUUAACACUCUGGGAAUUCAUUAUGGCAAAAACCCAUGCAAGUGCUGCUGGAGUCCCACAUAGCUGUAACAGUAGGUUACAUGCUGUGGGACUUCCAUCUGCCUCAUCUAAAGCAAAAAAAAAAAGAUCAGGAGUGAGUGAUAAAUAAACAAUAUAAAGGACUUUAUAACUCACAAUGCUUGUAGUUUCAGAGCACAACUAGGCCUGGAAUGAAAUCAACAUGUUUCUGAUUCUGUUCUUGUUCAAUGGUGUUAUUCUAAAGUUACUAGUACCUGCAGUCCUUACACGGAUAUAUUGUGGGGCGAAAUGAAGUUGGUGCUUGGGUGUGUUUACAUGUUUAUGGGCCUCUGGGCUUUAACUCCGCUUCAGAAGUUAAAGCCUAGUGAUGUUCGGGAGAUAGAAAGAAGCUUACAAGUCUGGUACAGAAUUGUAUCCAAUAGAAAAGCAUUUAUACUGCAACUCCAAGCCUUUCAAAGCUGACUCAUGCCUAAUUAGAAUCCCAAUCUCGAUCAUUUUAUUGCUUAGACAUUGGAGGAGUCGUUCAAAGUGCUUAUUGUAUUACAAAAGAUGGUUCCACGGCUUCCAUAUGUUGCCUGAAGUCAAUCCACAUUCUUUAUUAAGAGCUAUGAAACGAUAAUAUUACCAAUAUGUGGUUUGAAAAAAAAAAAAAUCCAGUUACAUUUUACAUCUGGAUCAACUGAUGCAUGCAGAUAAUGCAUUUGUUUGUAUAUUAUAAAUUUCGGGUGGUUCGAACCGGUUCACAGAUCAGAUCACUUUUUUUUUUUUAAACCUGAUGCACAGUCUGAAGCAGAAGGGCUGCCUGCCUCUUCAAUCAGCUCUUUAGAACAUCAACACAGAUAGAUCACACUGAACUCUGGGAGUUUCCUGGGAUGUCUUAAUAGUCUUUCAGUAUAAAGAUCUCAUCAUAAAUCCAGCUACUGCUUUCACGUUUUACUGUUUAUUGUUGUUAUAGUCUAGAGAAUAAUCAGUUAACAAAUCCUUGUUCUGUUUAUGAAACCAUUUUUUGUUAAGGAUCUCAUGUUGGCAUACCUGUCAAUGUGAGGAUCUGUCUAUUUAUGUGUUCAUGUACACAUCAGGUUAUUCAGGAAUGCCAGGUACCAGGACCUUGUAAAUGAUGCAUGUUUGUAGUGCCUGAUUUGGCAAUACAAACAUCAGCCAACAGAUCAAACCACAGUUCACAUUGUCCUACAAAAGAUUGUGGCUUUUUGUUUGCUGUGCAGACAGUUAUCUGAAGAAAUGCUGGUUUAUUUCCAAUUGUUUAUAAAGGAAUUAGAAAAAAAAUGCAAAACAGUACAGGGGAUUUAAAAAAAUUGCAAGUAUGUUCUCUGACAUUUUGAACCUAUAGCACUUGUGGAAAGAAUUUUUUUUUUUUUUUUUUAAGUAUUUAUAAAGACAGAAAUACUUGGGGAUACAUUGGCAUGCUUCCACAAUGUAUAUUUAAAUCAACUUUAGGUUCUGUCACUCUCCAUGAAUUAUUUUAAAGCUCUUAAUAUUUGUAAUUAGUUAAUGGAUAAGAUAACAUUUAUUAAGCCUGCAGUAAGUUCCUCCCCAUUCAUGAACAAAAUACUAAUGAGAAAAAGCACUUACUGUUAGAAUUUUCCAGCAGUCUUGAAGUUAAAAAAUGAAAGAAUAAACUAUGCCAAGCAGUGAAGCAGCGGCUUUUGACUCAUAGUGCAAUCGUUGCAGUUUUUUAUUGGGAAGCCUGCAGUGGUUUUAUGUACAACAGCCAACUGACAAGUUCAAAACUGGUCUAGGAUGGGGACAUAGAAUGAAACUAUUUAAGCCACAAGUAUUUCACCAGAUGAGAAUUUAAGACUGAAAUGUUCACUAUUUUUGUACAUCAGAAUGUAGAGAAAGCUCAAUCAUUUGCUGUGUAUAAGACAGUUUCUUCAUAAAAAUGUAGUUAGUAUUCUUGGGAUCUUAUUAUCUCCUUUGCUGAUUUAAUUCCUGGAAGCUCUUUCCUGGUCAGUAAUUGCAUUGCUGGCUUCUCCAUAACUUUAUUUGAUGUUUUAUUUAUUUAAUACAAUCGUAUUCUUAAUCAAGCAGAUUUCUUCUGUAUCCUUCGUGUCCUAUGUUUGUGAAUGUAAUGCUUAGACUGUGAUUGUUACAUAUUCUGAGCCAUGCUCAUCGUGCACUUCAGCUCAUAGCCUGUUUGUAAGAAAUCAAGAAAUCUUUUCGCUUGUGGGAUUUUAUGGAGAUGUAAUGUGUGGAAUGUAAUAAAAAUGAUAUUUUUCUAAAAAAUAAAU